ACGACUACCUGUCGUCAGAUGUUGGCUUUGCGUCAAUGGUAGGGAAGCUAUUUUAAUUUCGAAUUUUGGAUGACCCUGAUGUACACUAUUAAGUAUAGGAUAUACAUCAGUACUUCGUUUCAACAAUUGAGUAACAAAAUCAAAAAUUUUCAAAAAAAAGAAAAAUCAUGUCGAAGAUGAACGAACCACCAAAAUAUUAUGGAAAAAGGAGGAGCAUUGUUCGUAGAAUUGGUUCAAUGUUACCUUUAAAACCACCACCAAAAAUAUAUGUUAGUGUUACGCCUUUACACUCAAUGACAAGUUCUAUGAUUAAUGAAGAAAGCAAUGGUGAUUGCACAGAUAUUAAUGGAUAUGGGCCUGCAAGGCUGUCUAAUGUUAGACCAGAUUUAUUGGAGCCUAUUAGUUUUGGAUCUGAAGUUCGAUUACUUGCUUUAGAACAGGAACUUCAAGAACUUAGGGAACAAGUUUCAGCAAUAGUGAAAAAUAAUAAACAAUCUAGAUAUACAUCUACUGCUUCUUUAGCAAAUGGAACAGAUAGUGAAAAUACAACACAAUUACAACAACCACCACCACCACGACCACCACCACCACCACCACUACCACUACCACUAUUACCACUACCACCACCAACUCCUCAUAUUGCAAGAAGAGCAAGUUUGCAAGAUCAUAAAGUUGAAGAGCGUAAAAGAGGACCAUUUGCUUCUCAAGCAUCUAUGAUAGAUGUAUUCAAAGAUAUUGAUAAUGUUAAAUUGAAGCCAAUUGCUAGGUCACCUGGAGGACGACCUCUUCGUGUAAGACGCGAUAAUAGUCCAUGCAAUGAUUUACAAGAAAUACUUAGAAGACGUUAUGUUGCAAUGAAUUCAGCUGAUAGUAAAAAUUCAGUUAAUUUGACAAUAGAUGACUCAAGUGAUGCGUGAAAAUAGUUUGAAUCUUUUUCAAUGUGCAUUGUGUGUAAUGAAGAUAUCAUGUAAUAUUUUGGAUGAUAUUAAUAAUAGGAUAGCACAUCCGAUUAAUCAAUUUGGUUACAACAUCAAGAUAAUGCAACAUUCAGCAUGCAAUGAAGGGAUUAUGUAAGCA